GUACUUUAACAGCUGGAACAAUAUUUACUGUAACAUUGAAAAAUGAGGCUGCAGCAAUGUAUUCAGAGUACAUGUACUGUACUUUCAAAAUAUUCAGUGUGACAUGACUAAAUGUGGGUUAAAUAUAUGAAUGAUUCUUCAUUUAGGGACACCUUUUACUCUUCGCUUGUUAGCUAGCAGUACAUAAACACUGAGUCUUUAAAAAAUAUAUUAUCACGAUGCAAAAGCAGUAUUUGGACAGAUUGUUAUUAAUUUGAAGUGAAAUUAAAUGAUGUGAAAUUAUGAAUUGCACAAUGGAAUUAUCCUGAUUUGAGCAUUUUUUUUAAUGUAUUAACUAUAGAGGGGAUAUAUAUAUAUAUAUAUAAAAAAGUUUGACUAAGGAACAAUCCCAAAAUAACUGAACUUUUUAACACUUUAAAAAUGAGCAAAAAAUAAUUAAAGAGAUACCAUGAAAAAUUAAAUUAUUGUAAUUAUCAUUUAAAACCAAUACUGAUUUUAAAACAUUUAAAAAAAAAAAAAAAAAAAUCAUAUAAGUGGGUUACAAACCUUUGUCUUGUGUUAAUAAAGGUAACAGACCAGAGUAACAAGAGCAGAUAGGAGGAGUUUUCGUUGCAUCAUAAUUAACCGCGUGACGUUGUCAAUAACUCACACGAGGAAAGUUAAAUAUUGAGAAGUGGGUAAGGUGAGCUGAAACUUGGAAACUAUGAGAUCAAUCACUCCUUCAUUCCGACAGUAGCUACACAUCCACUGGCAAGCCAGGUGAGAGGCGCCUUCCAGCAAACAGCCAGAUUCACUAGCACAGCUGAAUGGCUUACAAUUUCAAAACUCUUGCCUGCAGUUUCCACUAAGGCUUUUCUUUGCUUGCGUAAUUGGAAAAUAUCAAGUUUGCCUAUGAUGAGCAGCGUCGGUUCAUGAGAACGGCUUAUAAAUGUCCACUAAAGCGGAGAGAGACUCACAGGUAGAUGUGACCCACCUAGAUCCCCUCAAAGCUGAAUGGACUGAGGACAUUGACGUGGAGAGCGUUGACGGACGGGAGGGGAUGAGGACGGAUGAAGCUCCAGCGCCGCGCAGGCUCAGCCGCAGCCCGAAGUGCGCUCGCUGCAGGAAUCACGGCGUCGUGUCGCGCCUCAAGGGCCACAAGCGUUUGUGUCGCUGGCGUGACUGUCAGUGCGCGAACUGUCUGCUGGUCGUAGAGAGACAGAGAGUGAUGGCAGCACAAGUCGCCCUCCGGAGACAGCAGGCCACAGAGGGCAAAAAAGGUAAAAAAACCACCUCUGUUCUCAGACGCACAGCUUACCAGCGCUACACGAGGGCACCUAGUCUCCUGGCAAAGAGUAUUCUAGAGGGCUACAAGCCCCCUAUGCUGGAGGACUGGCCAAAGAGACUCCACCAACCCCCAGUUAGUGUUCGGAUGAGGAAGAGGAGAGCGUUUGCUGAUAAAGAGCUGGAGACUGUGAUGCUGGAAAGAGAGCUGAGGCAAAGAGAGAUGGAAGAGUUGCCCGCACUCCUCCUCCAGGCUGUGGUGCCCUCCGCUCCCUCACCGUAUUUUUUCCCGCUGUCAGACCCAAUCAUGCCCACGUACAUGCCUGUGUCUAAAAGCGGCCCACCUUUGACUGACUGUGAUCUCCCUCACCAUCAACACGUGCUUAAAUCCAAGACUCUAGACUACAGCACAGACACACUGACAGACAGCAUCUCUCUAAGAGUGUGUGAGAACUGGGACAUUUUCAAUUCGAUUCAGCCUUACAGCACAAGCCCAGGUGUCAACAUGGUUAAAAACAUGCCGGACAGCAGGUUUUCUGAUAUGUCUGUCAAACCAAAAAGUGUAGUUGUUGACAUCAUGUCAAAGCAAGACAUUCCUCCCUCAGUGAAUAUGGCAGACAUGCUGGUACAAGCUAAAUCACCACACAAGUGCUGCAGGUCAUUGGGACACGUGGACUGUGUGGAGGGUGCAAAUAAAGACCCCAUCAAAAAAGCUGUAACACGACCAUUACCCUUCUCUGUAGAGGCAUUGCUCAUGAGAUGAUAAGAAUCAUUUUUUCCAAAGCUAACACUUUUCAGUAAGGUUCAUUAUUGAAAUGCUGUUAAAAAGUUGUUCAUUCUUAAUUCGUGAUACUUAAUACAUUAACUAUAAAUUAACAUUCAUUCUUGCACAGAAGUGCCUGUUUUUUGUCAUUAUGUUUUUGACUCAGUUAUAUAAAUAUGGUGUUUAUAGUUUUGUUUUUUUGUUGUUGCAUUUAGUGUCACUUAUUAUACAAAGCUGAACUUCAAGUUACUGGGAUGAAUCAAAAUUCUUGUACUACUAAACUUAUCUGUUCAAUUUUUUUGUGCCAGAUAAAUAUUAUAUACUCUGAUGAUAGUAAUAAUACAUUAUAUCAUCUAAUAGUAUUUUAACCCCUUAACUGUCAGUCCCAUUUUUGGGGAACAGACCCCAAUGUUUUAAAUCUUGAAUACUUUUGAAUACUCUUGAAUACUCAAGUUUGGUCUCCUUAUAAAGCGGACACUUGGCAGAUUAUUUUAGAAGUGAAAAAAAAUAUGAAAGUGAAAUAAAAAAAAAAAUAGUUAUUGAAGUAUUCGUUUAGGAAAAUGUAAAAAUAUAAUUUCUUAUAAUUUAUAUAAAAUAUAUAUUUUACAAAACUGGUUUACUCUAAAACUGCAAGAAAAUCAAAGCCAAAAUCUAAAAUCUAAUCAAGUUGUGUUUCAAAUUUUAGGUUGAUAUCUUAAAAAUUGAGCUUUCAGUAAGAUUUUGUUUGGGCGCAGUACCAAACUUUUCCACUACAUACCAUCCAGGCUCCAUUGGUAACCAUAUAAGGACUCUUCCAUUUCUCCAUAUAGCCUAUGUUUUGAGUGACCUGAACCAUAUAUUUCCAUAAUGUUUAUCAAAUUUAUGAAACUGACAUUCUAUUCAGAAGUAGUAUGGGCAGAAUGGCAGUAUUUGGUUUGAAUUCAACCUCUAACAAACACAUAAAAGACAUGCAAAAAAAGAACACGUUUUUUAAUUUUCAUUGCUAUUUCAAAAUAAAUGUCUGAACAUGCUAUAUGAGUCUGAAAAUAUUGUUGCGAAUUAAUAAAUUACUGUUCCUCUGUCAUUUGUCUUAAAAAUCAGAGAACUACAAAUAUGAAAACUACAAUUUUUAAAUGAUAUAUAGUUUGUCAGUAUUAUUUUAGGUUUAGACUAAGAUAUUACUGUUUUAAGGAUAUAAUGGCAAAUGUUCCACUAACGGGAUGGUGACAGUUAAGAGGCUAUACAUUUUUGUUAUUUUAUUGCCCCCUUAAAUAGCCUAUGUAAUUAUUUUGGAAAGUAGGUUAACUACUUAACUAGUGGUUUAACUACUUUAAAUGGAGUAUCUUGUAGCUUGGCACACAAGUUUCAAAGAAGCUUCCCCAACACUGCACUGAAAAGCUGAAUAAUCUUGUUUAAUAAAACACUUUGGAGCAUAUUUGAUUCAUUUAUAACCAAAAAAGUUUUAUAUUCCUGUUUAGUUCAAUAAUGUGAAAUUGUUAAAUUACAAAGUAUACUGUAGAAUAUAUACAUGCAUAUUACUAACCUUUAUACAUUAUACUGUCUUUUCUAGUUCUCUAUAUAUCAGUUUUUGGUAAAUUUUGUGCUGUUAGAAAAACAUUGUGAUUUUCUUUCUUGUGAAUGUAAAUAGUCAUGACAAACCCUAUUUCUUUUUAAAUUAUUCAUAUUUUUAAAUUCCAAACAUGAAAGUCUGAUGUAAACUCAAGAGGUGGCUGAGGAUCAAAUGAAAGAGUGGUAAAAAAAAAAAGGAUUA